AUGGCGUCUCACGAUCAUUCUCAGGGUCAUGGUGCCUCGUCUGCGGACUCCAAGCAUCGCAGCGUGAGCCCAUCACCCCACUCUCAGCAGUACCUAGAUCCGACGGCUGGCCUCGGUCUCGACCCAUCCAUGUCCGCUACCUUUACGACAAACCCUGCCUUCAAUAAUGUCAAUCCCGAUGCUGCGAUGGGAGGUCCGGAAUCUUAUGGUUAUCCCUCCGCAUAUCUCUCUGCUGCCCCGCCCGGCGACCAAUCGUUCCCCCCAAACAUGAACCCUGGCAACAUCCCCAAUUCGCAGUCAUUCGACGCAAGUCUGGUCGGCCAGCUGGACCCUUCAUCGGGGGGUUACCGACCACCUCAGCCGGAGGAUAACUAUAAUAUGCUCAACACUGCUACCGCCGAUAUGGACUUCUCCGCCUACCAAAACCAUAGUCCGAACAGUGUCAACGCUUCAGAGUAUGACUCGUCAUUGUUACUGGAUCCUCAGAUGCACCAGCGACCACAAUCCAUACACCAAGCUGUCAACCCCGCUGAUUUGGUCAGCCCCAUCUCCAACCCCUCCGCGUCCUCCCAUCCAUCGUCGCAAGACCCGCAGCAGUCGUCGCCUGGCCCUAUGUCACCCCCUGGCUCCACGCCAGGCACAUAUUACACGCCUCAGCAUUCGCGACACGCUUCCUUGGAUCCAGCCACUGCCGCCUAUCUUGGUGUGCAAUCCAAUCAAGAAUGGCAGUCCGUGAUGAACCAUUCGGCUUUUCAUGGCCAUCGCAGAGCGCCAUCUGAAGUGUCCGAAGUAUCCUCAGCCAACCACUCGCCAUACUUAUCCCAGCACGAGUACGAAGGCAUUGAGAACAAUGCGUCUCCUUCACUGGUACCUCAGAAUGACCCGGCGCUUUAUGACAAUGCGCUGGGCAUUGAAUCUUUCACACUUUCGGAACAACAACAGCAGCAGGGAAUAAGCCCGCUUCAUAGUCCUUAUAUAUCGCCGCAGCUUAUGCCUCAACAAGGAGGUGAAAUGAUUCCAAAUGCACCUUAUUUGUCCCCUAACCUCAAUAAUCAAUUCCCCAAUGCUCCAACGGAGAUGUAUGGGAUGGCUCCGGACGACAUAAUGAACGCAAUCAACAAUGGGUCCGACAUUGGACAAGCAUCACAGAUGGCUCCGCCAUCAAUCAAUGUGGAAUUUGCUCCUCCGUCACGAAAUCCCAGCUUUGGACCUUCAAAACCGGCUGCCGACUUUGACUCUUUGAGCCCCCCGGCGAUGCGAUCUCGUGUCCGCAGUAAAUCUGACCCAUAUGCGCAUCCUGCUUCUCGCUCACGGUCUCCCGCAACCUCAGCAACUAGUCUUGAGGCUCAUGCCGCGACUUCACCGCGAUCAUUAUCUCCUCACUCUAGGAGCAGUCCUGGCUCGCGGGAAGCUUCACCCUCCCGAUCAAAUCGACGCCUUUCAACGUCCUCGAUUGAAAGCCGAAAUUACAUUCUGGACUUAGCAGAUCCCCAGCGCCCCGGGGCCAUCCCUGGUGAUUCAAAGCGCGUCCAAAAGCACCCAGCCACUUUCCAAUGCACCUUGUGUCCGAAACGGUUCACUCGCGCGUAUAACUUGCGCUCCCACCUUCGAACUCAUACAGAUGAAAGGCCGUUUGUUUGUACUGUUUGUGGUAAAGCCUUCGCUCGACAGCAUGAUCGGAAGCGGCACGAAGGUCUCCAUUCAGGCGAAAAGAAGUUCGUUUGUCGGGGUGACCUCUCAAGAGGAGGUCAAUGGGGUUGCAACCGCCGAUUCGCACGUGCCGAUGCCCUAGGUCGCCAUUUCCGUUCUGAGGCAGGGCGUGUUUGUAUCAAACCGUUGCUGGACGAGGAAUCUCAAGAAAGAGAAAGAGUUCUCAUGGAGCAACAACAGCAACAGCAACCCUCUGGUCAUCUACAGCCCGUCCCACAGCCCUUGGUUAUGCCUAGUGUUCCUGGCAUGGAUGGACAGUCUUCAGGCAACUUUGUCCUGCCUGCAGCAUUGCUCGCUCAAUACCCUGCUCUCCAAACUCUGCAGUGGGACCAAAUUGCACCUGGCGGCGAUGACCCGGGUGACAUUGGUGGCCGCAGUAGCUUCGAUGCCAGCUCUGGCGGCGAAUAUGGUUUUGACGAAGACGAGUCGGGCAUGAGUAGUGUAUCUGGCAUGAGCGGUGGCUAUGGAAAUAACCAGGCUGAAAUGUAUGGAGUCAAUAACUCUUGGGGCCAAUAA